AUGUCAGACCCAUCAAAUAACCAUGCAGCGGAUCCAAGCGGGCAAUAUCCCAAUGUGCAGUGGUCUGGAUAUCCCCAGAAUCCGCAACAGGCACAGCAACAUCCGCACUCAAGCCCAGUAGUGGCAACGAGUCACGCUCAGUAUUUUGGAUCCAGCCAAUUACCGGCAUCUCAAACUCACCACUCCUUUGAAUCGGGGCAAUGGGAAACACCAUAUCAAUACCAGCAACCCGGCAACACCACCUCUGCCCCACUGAUAGGCUACUAUCACCAAUACGGUAGCAAUUCUGCUCCUUUCAACGGGUAUCAUUACUAUGAUCAGACUGUGGCAUAUCCUCCACUGCCACAGCAACCAUGGCCAAGUGCGGACCAAUUUCCAGCACCACAAGUCGCUGGAUACCCAGCAGCCUCCCAGCACUUGGAUCAAGGCGCUAAACGGAAGCGGACUCCAGAUGGUCACUUUGCACCAGACCCAGCCGUCAGUUCUCUGCCUCUACAUGACCAGGAAUACCUAGCCAUGGACGCCAAUAUGAAGAGAAGCAAGAUAAAGCAUGAAUAUAACGACGCCCCAGCCAUGCCGGUUCCUGCUGGCAUGGCAGCCGCGAGAUCUUUGGCGACCUCAGCUAUUAAGCAGGAGCCAAACGACGCUGAACCACGUCCACCAUUGAUGGAGAGACCUCUGUCCAUUCCUGGUGCCUACCCAGAGUCGUCAGGCGAAUCGGAAUAUGGGUUCUCGGGCCGGCCGUUGAUCAAGUCUGAGCAGCCUUAUCCAGCCGAAGCAUACCAACAGGCAAACACCACGACCUCGGCGGCACCGCAAACUGUGUCAGAAGAUCCGCCAUUAUGUCCAGAACAGGCUGAGCUUGUAGAUUUGAUCUGCAGUGGCCGUAAUGUGUUCUACACAGGUUCAGCUGGAUGCGGUAAGAGCACAGUGCUGAAAGCCUUUACCAAAAAGCUCCGCGCAAUGGGCAAAAAGGUGCGCAUCCUUGCUCCGACUGGACGAGCGGCCUUGCAAGUCAAUGGCCAGACUUUUUGGACAUUUGCCGGCUGGACGCCGGGCCAUAUGAAGAAACCACUGGAUGAUCUGAAAGCAGCGGUGCACGGAAAGUAUAUCUAUGAACGAAUCAAGAAGAAUACGGACGUCAUCGUGUUUGACGAGAUCAGUAUGGUUGAGAACCAUAUUCUCGAGCGGCUCAACGAGUUGAUGAAACAGGCCUGGUUCAACCCACACCGUGAACGACAACCUGCUUUUGGCGGCGUGCAAGUCAUUGUCACUGGUGACUUUUGCCAGCUCCCGCCUGUCAAACCAUUUCAGUAUUGUAUGCAUUGCGGCAAGGAAAUGCUCCAGAAAGAGGUGUAUGGCCGAAAGACGUAUACCUGCCCCCAGCAUCGCGAGGAGUUUCUCGACGAGCAUAAGUGGGCAUUCUCGAGCAAGGCCUGGCAGGAAUGCAAUUUUGUACAUGUAAAUCUCAAGCAGAUUCACCGUCAAAAUGACCAAGAAUUUAUACGGAUGCUGCAGAAAUGUCGCAUAGGAGAUCCGCUGUCGUCAGUUGAGCUAAAUAGGCUGAUGGACCAUCCUUGCCAGGUACAUCAUGCCACGAGUCUGUUUGCGACGAGGGAGCAAGCAAGGGAGCUCAAUGAAGCCAAGUUCAAGAAACUCACUGGAGUCAACUAUUCAUAUUGGGCAUACGACACCUUUAACUGGAACCCGAAGCACCUUCAUCUAAGAUCAAAGGGAGCUCUUAAUAUGAACCGAGGACCUCCCACAACAGAUGAAUGCAAGCCAAUCAAGGCCCUCGAUGAUCAUCGAUUCUCGGAUAUUGUUGAGCUGAAAAGAGGAAUGCUGGUCGUGCUACUCACCAAUCUUGAUCUCGGCGCUGGCCUGUGCAAUGGCAGCCAAGGCAUUGUCUCCGGCUUCGAGGCCUAUCACCCAAACAAGAUGCCCAAGGCGAUGAUUGGAAAAAAGGACGACCCCAGCAUGAAAAUCAUGGGUGACCAUGCCUCAUUGAAAGAGCAGGCGAUGAAAGCUUUCAUCGAGAGCAAGGGAGCAAAAUUCAAACAGUGGCCUAUUGUUAGGUUUCAUAAUGGAGAAAAACGAAUGAUAUAUGCCGAGUGCUCCAUUAGCGAACUUGGCGACGAACAGCCGUAUAGUCUGCUGGCUCGCACGCAGAUACCAUUGGCACCUGCCUGGGCCAUGACCAUUCACAAGAGUCAGAGUUUGACCAUGGAUCGAGUCAUUGUGGACCUCUCUAGAACAUUCGAAGAAGGGCAGAUUUAUGUUGCGCUCUCUAGAGCUACCGGGCUGAGUGGGCUCAAGAUUAAUGGCGACGCGACUGCGCUCACUGAAGGUCUUGGGGGAAACCGUGAGGUUCAGAGGUUUCUCAGGGAAAAGUUUGGAGCGUUGAAUGCAUUGUGUAGUUGA